AUGGCAAGAGAAAAGUUUUGUAAAGCAACAGAGAAAUUCUUGAAACGCAUCCCCUUUUUCAGUAGCCUAUUUUGUAGUGGAAAGUAUGAACAUGUUGCUGUUAAGAAACUGUUCGGAUUUUUCUUCGGACUAUUUUUGGGAUUUUCGUUUUACAAAUUUAUUUUAGUGGAUUUAGAUUUUACAGAAGAUGCAGCUAUUAUUGUAGGAAGUAUUAUAUGUCUUAUGAUGGCUUUUGGAUAUGCGUUCUCAUCUCAAAUUAGAUGCAUAACAUGUCUUACAUUUCCAAUUUUUGGAGGAAAAGUUGGAAGAGGAGUUUUGAAAGCUUUAGUCAUAGCUUUCGUUUUAUCAGGUCCAGUAGAGAACGUUGCUAAAAAUGGUAGAGAAGUAGUACGCGUGUUCGCUUGUACGGCUGCAUUAACUUACAAUAUGACAAAAACCCGGUUUGAAUUGAUGUUUAAGCCUUUCACACAAGCUAUUUUUGGUAUGAAGACCGAUAUGAACGAAGUAAAAGAUACUUUGAGAUCAAUUAAAGACGUAUCCGCUCCAAUCACCGGAGAAAUUGAAGAUGAAAGAGAAAUGAAAAAGAUGAAGGAGGAAAACGAUUAUUUAGAUUUGAAGAUGGGAGAUACAAAAAGAUCACAGCUCGAAGAAGAUAAAUAUAAAACUAAAGGGGAACAAGUUGAGGCAGAUCGCUACGAAAAAUUAUAUAUGGAAAAAAUUGAGGUACGAUGUGAAAAUCAAUUUACGAAAGCUGCUAAUAGAUGUCGUAAAAUGUUCGCUAAUGGUUAUAAUGCUUGUUAUGAUACUGUCACAUGGUUAGCGGCUUGGUUGUUAUGUUGGCCUAUGAAAUUGGACUUUAUUUGUAACAUUGCUGAAUCUUUAGGUGGAAAUAAAAGAUGCGAUCCACAGAAAGACAUGGACCCUGGCUUUGGAGAAGGAUAUUCGUAUUUAAAACAUUCGAGGUCGUUUCUAUCAAAAAAUUUCAAAGAUGUAAAACUUCAGUAUAAAUUGAGCCCGGUUAAGGCUUUAACAGAUAUAAGAAAUGCUCGAGAUACUGCGAAAUCAAUUUGGCAUGAAGUGAAUAGGAAAAAAAUGUUACUAUUCCAAAUUUUGACUAUAAUCAAAAGACUUCUAGCUUUCAUAUUUUUGAAAAUUUUAUUAGAAUCACAAAAUUAUCACGAUAAAUAUUUACGAGAUAUAGAAUUUGAUAAUUUCUACAUAACUAGAUACUUUAGAAAAAUAGAUGCUCGUAGAAAACAGCAGGAAAAGUAUACUUUGCUACCUUUGAAGAAAAUAGAAACCAAAAAAUUAGUAGAUCCUUCAACUUUUACUCCUUUGAAAAGUGAGAGAGCUCAUAUUAAGACUGAAGCCAUUUUAAUGUUGUUAGAAAUGUUGACCAUCACUAUUUUGGUUUUACUGGAUAGACUUUUUUACGAGGCUCUAGAUAUAAUAAGAAGACAUGCCAGAAUAGAUUAUCUUCAAACUGGUCAUCAUGAUCUCACGAUAGACGUGAAAGGUACAGGAAUGAUAGCAUCUCUACUGAGAUCUUUAGUUAAAGGUUUCAAUAUCAAAAAACGUAUACGAAUCGAAAGAACAAACGAAAAAUGUUUGCCUAGACCGAAUCUACUUUUAAGUUAUUAUUUAUAUAAAAUUUAUGGCACUUAUUUUGCUGUGCUUGUCGCGAUGUUUUUACAAGCUUAUUGCUUGAGAUUUAGAAGAGUUAUUUGUUCAUAUUUUUAUAGAAAAAGGGAAAAGAAGAGAGUUCUAUAUUUAUACAACGAAACUUUAAAAAGAAGAAAAGGGUUUUUCAGAUUUAUGCGAAAAAAAGUAAGAAGAAUGGUGCGUGAAAAUAGGCUUAAAGAAGAUUUUACCGGCAUUCACAUUCUAAGAAUAAAACAUCCAAAAGCCUGUGAUUGGCUUAGAAUAUUUCCUUUUGCUAGAAGAAAGUGUUUAAUAUGUGAAGACCCUGAACCUAGGAGAGCGAAUCAAGAAAACGAUUUUAUCGAAUGUCCUAACGAUUUUUGUCAUUUUAUUUAUUGCCAGGAGUGCUGGUCUGAUAUGGGAAAUGUCUGUUUAGCCUGUCAGACAGAGACCGAAGAAACUACUAGUGGUUUCGACGAUGAUUCUGAAGAUGACACUGAUUUUUAA